AAUCAUACUUUGAAAAUAAAUUUUGUCUGCUUAAUUAUGCUACAAAAAAUAAUAAUUAGGCAAAAUCAUUAAUUAUCAACUAUAAACUUUACGAGCUUUAGAACUCAUAAGUUCGUUAAUAUGAGUUUGUAUACACUGCCAACAGUGAUGGAUAACUAAGUCGAUAAUACGCUUUUGUUAUCAAAUUAUUUUUAAUUUUUGUGGCUUCAAAACAAAACCAUUGACGCAUUUAUACUUAUCAGGGAAUUCUCUUACGUCUUUAUCAGUCACAAAAUGGAAUAAAAUGUGUGAAUUUAGAAAAAUGUAAAGUCAUUCAGCUUACAGAAAACGAGCAUUUAUACAAUUUAUUGGCAGCAAUUAAACCGACUUAUUAAUUCAAUGUAUCUUAAAAUUUUAAUAGCUGUUCUUACAGUCUCCAUAAUUGAUGCUAAGGUGGUUUACUUCCAUCCAAAAACUGUCAACAAUGAUAUCAAUUUGAAUGUGACUAAUGACAAUGGAAAUGAAUUAAAACUAAGUGACGGGAUUAAACCUUCUAGUUUAAAUGUGGAAGAUACUGAAGAUCAGCGCUACAAACCGAGACCACCAAUGCCGAGACCAGGAAGUGCCAGCUCUAUUUUUAGUGCUAAGAUUAUUGCUAUAAUGAUGCCUAUAGUUUUAAUAAAUAUUUUCAUUAAAUUCUGAUAAAAUUCUUGUCGUCAACUCUUUUUAAACUAUUUAUGUCUGAAUAAUUAGAAGGUGUAGCCUGAAGAAUUCAUUUUUUUAUGUAAAGC